AUGGCAAACAUUUGCCAAGUGUUCUGCGCUGAGGCCUCAAGCUGGGGUUUCCAUCAUGGCACCAAGCUCCAACAUGAAGGGUUUCGGGACAAGACCAAACUAACUAUUCAAGUCUCCAUCAAAGUACUUGAAGUUGUUCAUCAAGGAAAAUCAACUGCCAAUGAUGUGAUGUAUUUCGGCAACUUCGAGAUGAUUGCUUCUCAACGCUGCAGUGUUCAAGAUUUUCAAAGAGCACCCAUAUGCCAUACCAAACCAAGCGAAUUGACUGAGCUCACCGAAACAGGCUUCAAGCUCGACUGGUUGAAGUCAAAGCUUGAAGAAGUUUCCUUGGAGAGGAAGAAAGCACUUUCUGAUGGAUCUUUGGUCCAACAGCUCGAGGAACGGGUCAAGAAUGUGGAAUUGACUUUGUGUGAUCUCAGAGUUGAACUUGACAAGGAGAAGAUGAGAUCCGUUGCACGUUGA